AUGGACGGACAUGAACCUGUCAUGGAACGGCAGGCAACAAAAGAAGUGAUUCAGAUUGGGAAGAGGUCGAAAGUUAGGUCGAAAGUUAGGAAACUCUAUGUUCCCAAACACCUGAGGAGAGAAGCUAACAAAGUUGAACUUGAUGGAUUUCACAAGAGGGUGAAGAGAGUUCCUAAGGGUAUGACUUUUGAGGAAGCCUAUUAUAGGUACAGACUUGGUAAUUUCUUCAGAGAGAGCAGAGAGACAGAAAAGGACAUUGAGAUAUUAUUCAACAAUGUCUGCCGUAAGCCUAAGAGGACUCUAAAGAAGGAACAAGAUCUUGGAACGUUUCUGAUUCCAUGCUCUAUACAUAGCUACGAUUUACCAAACGCCAUCUACGAUACUAGAUCUGCAGUCAGCAUCAUGGCUAUAGAUACUGCUGAAGUAUUAGGAUUUAAGAUGGAACCUUCAAAAGAUAGUUUCACUUUUGUGGAUAACUCCAAAGCAAAAUCAGCAGGCAUGGUCAGGAAUGUUAAGGUGGAGAUAGGGGAAUGCACUAUUCCUGUGGACUUUCAUGUCGUGGAGUUCAAAUCAGACAAUACAUCUUCCCUUCUUUUUGGAAGAGCCUUCUUGGCUACAGUAGGGGCAGUUUGUGAUCUUAAGAAGAAUAAGAUUUGUCUGACUAAUGUUGAUGAAACUAUCUUCUAUGAUAUUGUGGAGAAGAAGAAAAGUGAAGAGUUUAUUUCAUGCAUAGAGAUGUUUGAAGAUCCAGCGCCUACAACAAAUGCAAUUCGCGAGCCUGCAAAACCAGGACCAGCAUCGAUCGACAUUCAGUUUUCAACAUCGGUCGACAGUCUGUCUCAAGAAUCGAUCGAUAAGGGACCUUAA